AUGACAAAAAAAGCAUAUCAAGAAGAGGUAGAAACAGAAGAAACAGCUGCCACACACAAUUAUUUUAUCGUGACAGCAGUAGAAGUGCAAGGUCGAUACGACGAGGGACGUGGUAUGGAGUUUGCUCGAGCAUUUAAAGUCGAGUAUUGGAGGCCGAGUCUACAAGGCUGGGCAUCUUACAAAAGCGAGGAGAACACUGAGGUAUGGACAGGCUUGAGAUUGACAAGUACUUCAAUUAUUCACCAAUUGAUCACAUCCAUAACAUCCCAGUGGCAUGUUUGAUG